AUGUCCGUCGUGAAUACCAUUCAUCAAGGCGCUGAACAUAAUUAUAUCCUACAACUUCAAGAGGCAAACACUGUGUUGCGACGGAAACUUGCACGUCUUGCAAGGCGUCAGCAGCGAUGUCGUUGUGGUACAAGCCAGCCAUCCCUCUUGGAGCCGGGCGAGCGCGCCAGCACGCUCUGCAAAUCCACUACAGCUCCAACACCAGUAACAUCGACAUUCACUCAAGCUCCAAAGCAACAUGAGCUAUCCAUUGUAUUCUGGUCCACGCCACCGGUUCCUAAGAAGCCGAGCAAGGAUGCUCCGAGGUGGGAAGAACGAGUUCGAACGCUGGUCAGUGAGAUUCCUCUCGCCAACACAUGGAGGAAAGCAAUGGAGGCAAAAGGGUUCUACAACGCUAUGAGCACAGGCGAAGCUGUUGCCCACCUACUUUGCCCGCAGAACAACGCGCUUAUAACGUCGAAAGUGCCGGCGGAAUCGAUAUUGGUUGCCUCCACUGGUACAAAGAGCUCGAUGAUUGAGAUGGUUAGAAAUUAUGCAUCCUUGGCCAUGAUGAGCUUCGAUACUGCGUCGUUGGCAUUGUCACUGGCCAGAUUCCAGAAGUUCGUGGUUUUAUCCGCGUGCGUAGUGUUCAUCGACUUGAAGAUCGACAAGCAAGACGUCUACAAUAUUGUGCGAAUCUGCAACGGAAGGGUAUCAGAUGAACACUGCACUCGAUUAUUGAAAACGGCGAAGUACAUGAACGUGCUGAUUGACACUCUUGCGACGCACGGCUUUGAUGGGCGCGCCGCAGAACUGAUCCUGUACUGGGAUCGAGAACCGAACUUUUUCUACCAUUUAUCGAAAUCACCUCAAGACAGCAUUGGAUACUUCACUGAAUUAUUGUCGGAACCAAAGUUCACGAAAGAUGCAGAGAGUUGGCCAAGAAUGAAUUCCUUCUUCAUGCCUAGUAUUUUGUCUAAUGUCCUCAAGGAUAGGAUACACGUUGCGAAAAUUUCAGAAAUGCUUGGGUACCAGCAUGCGUAUCUUUUCGAUCCUACUCUGCAAUUGGUCAACCCGUUGCAAGUACUCUAG